CGCGGUACCGGCGGGAUGUGGCGCCGGCGGCGCUCCGAGCGGCCGGAUCUACACCGGCUCUAUGACUGUUGACCCAUGCUUGACUGCCUCAAGUGAUCCUGGCAGGAUGACAUCUUCCAGACUCCCUGUCCUUCUAGCACUGGUGUUUUCUUCUUUGUCUCCUGUUCUUUCCCAUUCAAACAGGGAGAUGUGGUUUCAGGAUCUCUUUCCACCCAACACGUGCCCUAUAAAUGCUAAGACCAAAACUUUUUAUGGCAUAAUGUUUGACGCAGGAAGCACUGGAACCCGGAUCCACAUUUAUACCUUUGUGCAGAAGAGCCCAGAAAUCCUUCCAGAGUUGGAAGGGGAAAUAUUUGAGUCUGUGAAACCAGGUCUUUCUGCCUAUGCUGACCAGCCUGAAAAGGGUGCUGAAUCUGUCAAAAGAUUGCUGGACAUGGCCAUAGAUGCUGUGCCACCUCAUCUCUGGAAGAAGACUCCAGUGGUGUUAAAAGCCACAGCUGGGCUGCGCUUACUGUCAGAGGAGAAAGCUCAGGCUCUACUUUCUGAGGUGAAAGAAGUCUUUGAGGAGUCACCAUUUCUUGUUCCAGAGGAUAGCGUUAGCAUCAUGGACGGGUCUUAUGAAGGAAUUUUAGCCUGGAUCACUGUGAACUUUUUGACAGGGCAGCUGUCUGGCCAGAACCAGCACACUGUUGGGACCCUGGACUUGGGAGGAGCCUCAACCCAGAUCACGUUUCUGCCACGGUUUGAGGAAACCUUGAAGGAAAGCCCUACGGAUUUUCUUACCUCAUUUGAAAUGUUUAACAGCACCUACAAGCUCUACACUCACAGCUAUUUGGGUUUUGGAUUAAAAGCUGCCAGACUAGCAACUCUUGGAGCUUUGAAUACAGAAGUUGCAGAUAGACAAAUGUUCCGCAGUUCUUGUUUGCCAAAGCAACUGGAAGCAGAGUGGCACUUUGGGGGAGUGAAGUACCGGUAUGGUGGCAACAAAGAAGGAGAGACAGGAUUCAAGCCUUGCUACCUGGAAGUAUUGAAGGUUGUCAAAGGAAAACUGCACCAACCAGAUGAGAUUCGUGGAAGUUCCUUCUACGCUUUCUCCUAUUACUAUGAUCGAGCAGCUGACACCAACCUAAUAGAUUAUGAACAGGGAGGAGUUCUGGAAGUGAGAGAUUUUGAAAGAAAAGCCAAAGAAGUGUGUGAUAACAUGGAGAGAUUCAGCUCAGCCAGUCCUUUCCUCUGCAUGGAUCUCACUUACAUCACUGCUUUAUUAAAGGAAGGUUUUGGAUUUAGAGACAACACACUCUUACAGUUAACAAAAAAAGUGAACAACAUAGAGACAAGCUGGACUUUGGGUGCUACCUUUCACUUACUGCAGUCUCUGGGGAUAACGUAUUGAACUGUGACAUUCCUAUGGAUUUCAGCAUUUCUGAAAGUUUGAGAAAGCAAACGGAAAUCUCCAGGUAUGUUAUCCAGCUGGAG